AUGGACUCUCAGUCGGGGGACCCGCCACCGUCCACCCCCGGCCCGGUUGAUUUGCCCAACAGCAAGCGACGAUGGCGACGGAACCGCGUCGCCUGCGACUCGUGUCAUACUCGCCGGGUCCGGUGCGACCGGGCAUUUCCGUGCUCGCGCUGUCAGCGGAGCGACACUCAUUGCCAAUUCACUCGCGAGCGGCGAAAACGGGGGCGCAUUGCUCGGUCCAAGGUGACGGGUGCGACCGACUGCACUCAAGACCGCGCUGAGGCACAGCCAUCUAAUAGAGACCACAAAGGUGCAGUCCAGCCAGCGCAGUCGCCUAUACAAAAUACCUCACCCGCGUCGACAUUUAAGCCUCGAUCGCCCACAACGAAUGACCUGAGCGGUCUAUCCGCUCCGAGUGUGGAUGGUCGUCGCUCUGUACCAGAUGGCUCGCGCCACCGGGAGCCGCCCGUCACCAACGCAACGGAGGAAUGGCUGUCGGCGGCGCACCUAUCUCCAGAGUCAUGCGAGUUGCUAGGGGGUGCGGGCGGAGGCGACGGGCCUCUACCACGUCUGUUGGACGUUUGGAAUCCAGCAGAUUUAGCCGGCCACCUUCCCACCUCACGACCCCCGCCAGUGCCGCCAGGGUCUGGGAUGAAUAACCCAGGCCAGAGCCAAGCGUCGGGCACACGGUCGCCUUUGAAAUAUCCCGUGCUGGAGCCGGUCAUGCCAUUUUUGGGGUCUAACCUCCCGCGACGACUGGUGUGCGACCUGCUAGAGCUCUACUUCACCAGUGCAUUCUCGACCCAUAUGCACCCGGUGUGCCAUCACAUCCAUUGCUACGUCCUGCGAAAAGCCUCCUUUCUCAGCAAUGACCGACCUCGACCCAGCAGCCCCGCGUUGCUGGCAAGUAUGCUGUGGGUGGCUGCCGUGGAUGAUCGAGCAUUCUCACUAUCCAUCUCCCCGCUCCAGCGCCGCAAAAUUUGCCAGUUUCUCUGUGCCUUGACGAUUCGUCUACUCCGUCCGUUGAUUCAUGUCUCUUUCAAAGACCAAGAGCCGACUUCUGCCGAAGCUUCGGCCGCAAGCGACUUUGCGAGCGCUGCAGCUCACCGUCCGUUUGAAGGGGUCGGUGAUGAUAAGGGCCUAGUAGGUCCGGCUGGGUCAUUGGAUGAUGUGAUUACAUACAUUCAUGUAGCCUCUAUAAUCUCUUCCAGCGAACAAAAGGCCGCGAGCAUGCGAUGGUGGCACUCGGCCUUUACGCUGGCCAGGGAACUCAAAUUGAACCAGGAGAUCGAGGCGAUGGCCAACAUGGACAGUCAGACUGAUGGGUCGAGUCCAUUUUUUGGCUACUCACUUGCGGGCUGGGCCAGCUCGCCAGAAAGACCGGUUUUUGAUUACUCCAACCCAGCCCAGUCAAGCCUCAACUGUCUCUGCGAACAGUGCCAUGAAUCACAUAGCAGUUCUAUGGUCACGGAAGAGCACCGUGAAGAGCGCCGUCGCACGUGGUGGCUCCUGUAUAUUAUGGACCGCCAUCUCGCAUUGUGCUACAACCGCCCGCUCGCUCUCCUUGAUGCCGAAAGUGAGGACCUACUCCUGCCUCUAGAUGAGGGGUCCUGGCAAUCCGGGAAUAUCCACAGCAACAGCCCUCGACCAGACGGCCCCCAAUGUCUCCGCUCGGGUGAGCAGAACAAACGUCGCGUGUUUCCGAACUUUAUUUGCCACGAUCACUCCAUCCUUGGCUUUUUCCUGCCCCUUAUGACUAUCACAGGGGAGCUGAUUGAUCUGAAUCAGGCGCGGAAUCACCCGACUCUGGGAGUCCGGCUACAAGGAAAGGAAGCGUGGGACGUCCACGUGGGCGAGGUGCUGCAACAGCUUGAGAUCUACAAGGCAAGUCUCACCACGUUUGCAGCGACUACGGCGGCGGGGCACGAAGGAUCAUUGUCGACUGGCUUCCCAAACAAGUCGGAUCAGCCUGUCGACACGCAGCUGUCUCAGGCCUACUCUUGGCACACACAGACAGUAAUUGCCUAUUCGUCAUAUCUGGUCCACGUUCUCCAUAUCCUGCUCGUGGGCAAAUGGGAUCCGGUCUCUCUGAUUGAGGACAAGGACUUCUGGACGUCCUCUCCGGCCUUUGCAUCUACCAUCUCCCACGCGCUAGAAGCAGCAGAUUCCGUGCAGCAAAUCUUGCGAUUUGACCCGGACGUCAGCUUCAUGCCGUAUUUCUUCGGUAUUCAGUUGCUACAGGGGAGCUUCUUAUUACUGCUGAUUGUGGAGCGUUUGCAAAAAGAAGCUGGCGAGGGCAUUCUUAACGCCUGCGAGACCAUGAUCCGGGCCACGGAAUCCUGUGUCGUUACGCUGAACACAGAGUACCAGCGAAGCUUUAGGCAGGUGAUGCGCAGUGCAGUCGCACAAGCCCGAGGGCGGCCGGUGAACCCCAGUGAGAUUCGACAUCGCCGCAAAGCAGUGCUGGCGCUUUACCGAUGGACUCGAAAGGGUACAGGAUUAGCGCUGUGA